CACAUUAGUCGUCAAAAAUGACUAUGAAAUGAAUUAAGGUGGUCUUUGUACAAACCCCGUUUAUAGUGAAGAAAAUUUGUUCUUAUGAUUGAUUAGUUUUCGUAUGGUUUUUUUAUAACUGAGUGCUAUGGAUAUCAUCAUAGCAGAAAAACAUUUCUGUUGCUAUCACUUCAGUAUCAAUUAUGGGAGCCAGUGACAUACAUAGGAAAUCAGCCAGUGCAGAAGAAUCUGUGGAAUUUGACGAAGCUCUAGUGUUAACAGGCUAUGGAAGGUUCCAUUUCGAAUCGCUGGCAGCCUGCGCUCUUGGAAUUGUGAUCGUGGGUUUUCAAAACGGCAUAACUAGCUACAUCUUUCCAGCAGCGCAAUGCGAGCUGGAUCUAGCAUCUUCCCAGCUGGGAUUCCUGAACGUAGCCUUUCUGGUAGGAGGAAUGUGCAGCUGUUUUUUCUGGGGAAGCCUGGCUGACGCACUUGGGAGGAAAUAUGUCCUUAUAACGAGUCUUUUGUUGGACUGUGUAGUGAUGAUAGUGUUGACAGUGUCCAAUCAUGUGAUGUGUUUGACUAUAUGUCGGUUUUUGAACGGGUUCUUCGCAGGAGCGCCUGGUAGCGUGUUACUUUCAUAUUUGGGCGAGUUUCAACCCCCGAAACUCCGAUCUGGAAUCAUCUGUGGCGCAGGAUUAUUCUUCACGUCUUCCUGGUUACUUCUACCGAUCUUGGCGUGGUUCAUCUUACCCUUGAACAUCCAUAUAACAAUAGGAUCGUGGUUCAUUAUAACCCCAUGGAGAUUAUACCUCAUUUUCGUAGCGAUCCAAGAAGGUGUUUUGGGAUUGUGGUUCCUCAGACUUCCAGAAAGUCCAAAAUAUCUGUUAGCAAUAGGGAAGAAGAAGGAAGCCCUUGAUAUACUGAGAAAAAUGUUUGUUUUGAACAAAGGAAAAAGUCCAGAAGAAUAUCCGGUGAAGAGUUUGUAUUGUCCAAGCGCCAACAACGAUGUAUUGGCUGGGAAGGUUGGUUGCAUAGGAAAAGCAUCAAGGAUACUUCGAGAUAUGAGUGCGCAGAUGAAAAGCCUUUUCAAGACACCACUGCUUUUUAUUACAAUCUUAUCAUGUACAAUAAUGUUCACGAACAUGUUUGGUGCUUUCGGCCUUGGACUGUGGCUACCAGAACUUUUCAUCCGUUUCAAGCAAUAUGCAGUCCUCCAUCCCAACGAAACAGUUACUUUAGACAAAUUAGCAUUACUAUCAGUCGCUACGAACAAGACCUGCGAUUCAACAUUCGACUUGUCUGUGAUACAAAAUACCGUGGUUAUGGGAUUAACGUCUUUGGUAACUAGCGUUUUCUGUGGAUAUAUAUCAACCAAGGUCUCCAUAAAGACCAUACCAUUUGUAUGUAUGCUUUUGGGUGGCCUGGCAUCAGCAUCUAUAUAUUGGCUGAGAUCCGCCACUCAAAACUUGAUUGUGGCUUCCGUUUUUCAAGCAACCAUGAUCGUUGCUAAUAUGUCUCUCAGUGGCGUUGUGGUGGAAUUGUUUCCUACCAGCGUUGGAGCUACCGCUAUAUGUCUGGCGAUGUUUAUGGGGAGAAUGGGGGCGAUGACCAGCAAUAUGGUUUUCGGCUUGCUAAUGGACGAACAUUGCGAAAUUCCUAUAUUCGCUGUGGCUGUGAACGUUCUCUUAGGAGCUCUUCUGUGUUGGGUAAUACCUGUUAAUCAAAGUGAAGAAAAAAUUGACAAGAAUAGUUAUGUAGCCGGAAAAACGGUGGAAAUUUCCUUAGUAACGUUACCAAAGAACGAAUGUAAUCCUGGAGCAUGAAGUGAUUUUACGAAUUUGACAUUUCUGGAAGAUACUCAGGCGAAAUUCAAAUUUUCGCGCUCUUUAUGAUCAAAAGUAGCACAGAAUUAAACGAUUUAUGUCUAAAUUCUUUUCGUAGUGAAAAUCAUUCGGGAACUUUUCAGAAUAUCGAGAAAGGAAUACCAUUAAGCUGCAAAAUAAUACGUAAAUUUCAAAAUAUUUGAAUUGAAAUUCAUGCUGUUUGUAUAUACUUAUUUCAUUCAUAAUAAGUUA